AUGGUGGAAGAGGACUUCCAAUUCGACGAAAAUUUGCGGGAAAAAUUGGGGGAGGUGUUCGACGCCGGCGUGGACGCCAACGUGGCCCUCCAGGCCUCCCAGUCUCACCUGGAAAAUCUGCAAGAGCUGCAGGCGCUCUACGGCAUGGUGGACGCCCGUUUAGGGGAAAGGACCGAGAGGGAGAAGAAGAGCGGCCCUGUCGAGCAUCCCAUCCACGUCCUUGCCCCCACCCCAGACGCCUACCUGUCCUACGUGCUCGACCACGUGGCGGCUCUGCGGAAGGGAAUGGAACCGAUGCUCAAGGAGCGGCAGACCGAGGCCAGGGCACAACAAGUCAGACCGCGCGUCGCAGACUUCGGGCAAGGAAAAGGCACAUGA